CCAGAGCCCCCCCAGUGCUAUAAGUGAUAACCCAGAGCCCUCCAGUGCUCUAGGGUGGCUCAGAGCCUGACUGUUAUAGGUGAUACCUAGAGCUCCAGCAUGGUAAGAUUUAGCUUGGCCUGGGUCUAGCCCUAACCAUAGAGCAGCACCCUGUCAUCCUGCUCUACGUAUCUGAUACGGGUGAGCCCUGCUACCUGCUACCAGAGGCAUCCCGAGGCAAGAGACACACAGGAGAGGAGGGGCCACACCUUGUUUGGAAUGCUAUAAGGCAAGCAGUGACAUCUAGUGGCUGAAUCCGAUACUACAAGCAAACAAAUUACAGCGGAGAAUCAACUAUGGGUGACAGUUACUAAUCUGAUGUGGCUUCUGCAAUGACUUCAACGGAUGAAAUCAUGUCCUGCCCAAUGAAUAGCUGGGUUUCUUGCGUCGCUCUCCUGCUAUUAUGCACUUAUGACACGUCUGUGGCAAGAAAUGCAAAGACCCUGCUGGAACUGAGCCCCCAGGAGUAUGUCAGUAGCUUGCAGCCGGGAAGAGCAUCCUUGGUUUAUUUCAGCCGAGAGGUUUCCCCGGGUGUCCGCCUGUUUCUGGAACAACUGGAGAACUCGGCUGGCGCGCUCCAGGACUAUGGGAUUUCAGUGGUGAAGGUUAAUUGUCUCCAAGAAGAUAUAUCAAGAUACUGUGGGAAAGAAAAUACCUUAAGGAAGGCAUACCUGUUCAGAGCUAACGUACUGCUCAGAGAAUUCCCCACAGAUGCCUUGUUCGACGUGAACGCCAUUGUCGCCAAUACCCUGUUUGCCCUUCUCUUUAACGAAGUUAAAUAUAUUACAUCGCUGCUAGAGCUUCAGAAUCUAGAAAAUUCUCUGAAGGGAAGAUCGAAUGCCAUCUUUGCCUACGUGCCCGCAGUUGGAACACCAGAGCACAGAGCGGUAAUGGAAGCUGCUUUUGUAUAUGGAACUGCCCACCAGUUUGUUUUGACCACAGAGGUGGAGCUGUUGAAGAGCGUUGGCCACGACGCCUCUGACCCAUCGUCUGCCCGACUCUUCUUCUGCCACUGCCAGCGGGUCCCGGAUCUGAGCCAGCCGUGCAGGAGGACUCCCAUGACACAGUCACUGACCACGCUGAACAUCCACACGCAUCUCAAACUGAUGGCGGCCCCCCUCGUGACUGAAGUUGUUGAAGAUCCAGAAAAGGUUUCAACUGCCCACUUACAGCUCGGUCUGCCACUGGUAUUCAUUCUCAGUCAGAAGGAGACCUAUGAAGCUGAUAAGCGAACUGCUGAGUUUGUUGCGUGGCAGCUGCUGGGGAAAGCUGGUGUAGCCCUCUUGUCAAGGGACUCCGUAGAUCUGAACGUUCUGCUCCGGUCGAACGUAGCCUUCAAGACAGCAGAAGAGGGUGUGCCGAUCAAAUACCUGGUUUUGGAUGACACUGAGGAAAUAAUAGCCCUGGUGGAAGACAACAUAAAGGGUGAACUAGUCCAGGAAGGUGAAGACGAGGAAGAUGAAGAUGAAAGAGACAAUAACGACCAGGAUAUUCAAGAUGACCCGGUGAUGGAAGCUGUUUACAGAGACAGGAAGUGGGAACUUCCUUUGGACCUCAUCCGAACCCUAACGGAGGAAACGUUUGACGCUGCUCUGAUGGCGUCUGCCCACACGGCGGUGCUGUUCUAUGCCAGUUGGGAAGCGGUGUCUCUGGCGGCGCUGCAGUCGUACGGGGAGGUGGCCGUUGAAUUAAAAGGAACCCAAGGAAUUUCGCUGGCUAAGCUAAACUGCUGGGACUGGCCCGACGUCUGCCUGAAGCACAACGUCACCCACUUCCCCGUUACCAAGCUGUACGAGAGGGGCGCGGGUGCCGUGACGUACACAGGCAUGCUGGGAACUGCAGCGCUGCUCAGGUUCCUCAGGCUAAGCAGCAUUUCCUGCCCCUUGAAGCUGAGCACAAUAGAAGAGGUGGAAGAAUAUUUAAGUGGGGAAGUCUGGGCCGACACGUCGUCAUGCCGCGGCACAUCAGUUCUGGGACUCUUCCACCCUGGCAUGAAAGAAGCACGGGAAGCGUUUGUAGAAGCGGGAAAGGAGCUCCGGGGAUGUGUGACGACAGGACUGUAUGCUGAAGAUGACGCGUUGGUGCUGGCCCGUAAAUAUGCCAUGCCUCUGCCAGCGCUGCUCCUAGCCAGGCAUGAAGAUCACAGAAUAGAUAGCAUCCCGCUCUCGGAAGAGAGUGCACCAGAUAUUGUUCAGACCAUCAGAUCCGAAUUACUGGGAACGUUUCCAGAAAUCACAGUGGAAAACCUCCCCAACUACUGGAAGCUGGAGAAACCCUUCCUCGCUUUGUUCAGCGACGGGGCCCUACCUCCAAGACUGAGAGCGGAAAUGCUGCGUUUGGCAAGGGGGAAAGGCCACGAGGCAUUUAUCACUUGCUGGAUCAACCUGAGAAACACUCCAGUGGGCAGAGGGGUUCUGAAGGCAUAUUUCAGCGCUCCGCCCCCUCUGCCUCUGCUUGCCUGGCUGAACCUCCACGCCAGCGGCCAAGUCUUUGCCUUACCGACAUCUUGUCUUGGCUGGAGACUGUGA